AUGCAGAUCGCCACCAAAAAAAUCUCAUCAGCCAUUGAAAGUGGUCGGCGCGAAGGCCAUGUCCGAGUUGGAGGAACAUCCUCAUCCUUCGAAUAUCAGACCUUUCAGUCUACCAACUUACUCCAGCAGCUUCAAUGCCUUCAUGCGCAUGAAAACAACCGUCUGCAGAUGAUCAAUUGCGAGAGGCAAGUUCUCGCUGGCAGCCAGGAUUCGAGCUGUCUUGACGGUGCUCCUGAUCUGUCGGCCAUUCAGAGGCAUGCUGGCCAGUUUCGCAAUCGCAUUACUGUCUUCAGCCAGCACCUUGUUCUCUCUGACGAGGAAGUUGUACCAGAUCUUGGCCCGGGAGGCUGGCUCCAGAUCCUGGAAGACGAACGAAAGAUCGGCAAAGUGAGAGGCAAAUCCGGAAGACAAUUGCCCAACAGCAUGACCUUGAGUAGCAGAGCGGGUUUGGCUUAA